CCCGCUCGCUUGCGCCUCGCUCUCAGAAGCUCCCACUCCAGACGCACGCAAGGCGCUGUCCUUUCAGCACCACCAGCUCCGGCUGAGGAGGGAGGACUCCUGGCCGUCCUCCUCCUCUUCAAAUUGGCUUGAAUCUGCUCUGACCCCCCAAGAGUGCAGCACAGUCUGGGAAGAAAGGCGUAAGGAUGGUGAAGCUGAACAGUCACCCCAGUGAGAAGGGAACCAAGCCGCCUUCGGUUGAGGAUGGCUUCCAGACCGUCCCUCUCAUCACUCCCUUGGAGGUUAAUCACUUACAGCUACCUGCUCCGGAAAAGGUGAUUGUGAAGACAAGAACGGAAUAUCAGCCUGAACAGAAGAACAAAGGGAAGUUCCGGGUGCCGAAAAUCGCUGAAUUUACGGUCACCAUCCUCGUCAGCCUGGCCCUAGCUUUCCUCGCCUGCAUCGUGUUCCUGGUGGUUUACAAAGCCUUCACCUAUGACCACAGCUGCCCAGAAGGAUUUGUCUAUAAGGUAAGGGGCUUCUGGCAGGGGAGUGGCCCAGGUGACUGUCAACUUCAAUUAAAGGGUUUAUCAAUGUCUUCUUUUCACUGACAUUUAAAUUCUGGG